UUAUAAAUACAGCUGAAGGCUCCGAGAAGCAGGACACACAGGCAAGUUUGCCCGAGCCCGAGGCCCACCCAGCUCCUCCGAGAUUCCCUUCCUCCGGUAACCUCCCGUGUUCUAUAGGUUCAACAGCUAGCCGGGCGGCUGGGGGUGCAGUGACUAUUAGUUCCGGUUGGACCCACCAACCGAGAUAAAAAAAAUUUCUUAUUUGUUCUGGUUGGUGACUCCAACUCGAAUAAAAAGUCUCUAGGCCCAUUGGUCCCGUUGGUGUUACCAACCGGAAAAAAAUUAUUUUUAUCCUGAUUGCCUGACCCGGAACUAAAGACCUAGUUCCGGAUUGGCUAUUUGGGUUGGGAGGGGUUUUAGUCUUGGAUUGGCGGUCCCGAUUGCGAAAUCGGGACAACAAAAGUUUCCCAAUAGGUAGAAAUCAAGCUUUCUUUACUAUUGUUGUAUUCAACAACUGGGCAACACAUAUACUUGGACUUUGGUACAAAUUGUUGAGCAAGUUACAGCAUAACGUGAAAAUUCAGUAUGGAAACAUUAGCUGGCAAGACACCAGAGUACAAGACGAAACUUCAGGAAAGAUAUGGCACCGUAUCUGUCCAACAAGGCCUUCAGUUGACCUGAGAGCUUUGGACAGGAUGCAGCGUCUGUCUCUAAGCACAAUUCUCGAAAACCAAGACACCUAACAAGGCGGAUUUAUACGAAGCAAAACCAUAAUGAACGCUGUGACGAAGAAGAAAAAUUACAUUUUUUUAGAUAAGGGAUUGAACCAGCCGCUUUCGAGACUCACGGGCUUUCGAGACUAAUUUCACAAACUCGCAGGCAUGGCCGGCCGUAUUGUCCACGGCUCGAGCUUGCUAGGCCCACGGGCUCAACGAGGACAAAAUUAACCAGAUCGGGCUUGCUCACGAGUUCACGAGCCUCAAACCUUUUUAUCAUUUUUCACCAUGCAUGUUUUAUACCACCCACUCGAGCAAGAGUAAAGGAUUUCGCAAUAUGGAAUUUUAUUACUAGAAUAUUUUGAGCUAUUACUAUAACUUAUAACCUUAAGUCAAUCCAUCAAAAGUUAUUGAGGGAUUAUGAAGCCCGUACACAUAAGAUUAAUAAUGAGAGAAAAUGUUCAUUAGAUAUUUUUCUCAUAAAAGAAAUUAUAUUAAGAACUUGAAAUUGGUGGAAAUGAUCAAGUUAUACUUCCUAUGGAUAAAUUCCAGCCUAGAGUAUAUUCCCAUUCACUUGCUAAGGAAUGGUUAUCAACAAGAAGUUAACUCUUCAUUCUUUUUCCGAUUUAAGUAUACCCACUGCCUAGUUAUAUAGUACAACUUGUGGGGCAAUUGUAUAUAGCCCAUGUUCCUGUAGUUCAUGGCGACGUUAUUACUAUUUUAAACAAGUAAUAUCCCUGAACGCACAUGAACGCGGUUGUUUGACAUGUGAGGUCGCAUAGCAGAUCUUGUCUGGCAUUCUGGCGCUGUUGUUAGCACGGUUAUGUCUUCGGUCUCCCCAAAGAAGACGCCACUUUUGGACGAGGAGGAAUCGAGGAACCGAGGCAUGAACCGAGGCCUCGACGACGGCGCCGGCGGCGGGUUCUCAUGGCUGACGGCGCUGGGGUUCGCGUUCCUGACGUUCAACUCGGGCAUGGCGAUCUACCGGUCGGACGGCGACCGCGGCGCGGUGGCGUUCGUGGUGGCGUCGUACCUGGACCUGGUGCUGCUCUUCGCGUGCCUCCGCAUCUUCGAGAGGACGCCGCGGGAGUCGCCUCGCCGGGGCGUGCUCAAGGCCUGCGUGUGGGGGCUCACCACGCUGCUCACCGUCAUGUUCUCGCACAAGGUCGCCGCCAUCAUGCCGCCGCUGGUGGCGCUCGUGGUCUGGGCCAUGGCCUUCGCCACCAUCGGCGGAGGCUUCUACGCCUUCUUCAUCCACCGGGACAAGGCCGCCCAACUGGAGGAGGCGGGGAACCUGUGAACGCUGGUGCCGCCUUGCAGGGUGGCGCCUGCGUACACGUUAUGAAGCGCUGUAAUAAGAGUACUACUAGCUGUGUGUGGGUGUCUGAUGCUGGCGUCCAAGUGUAGUGUGCGUGGUACUGUCUCUGUCUAAGGUUUUUGCAAUCGUUUCUACUACCUGUGAUGGUAAUUUUCUGUCUGCUUGCAACAA